AUGAGAAACAGUAAUGGGGAAAUGCUGUAUGAUGCAGACAGAAUACUAGAGGCUUUCAGAGACUAUUUUAGGGGAAAAUUCGGACAUGAAGCUAUAGGACAACACAACCGCGAUGUUGAACACGAUGCGUCAGAAAACCCAAUUGAAAAAAUCGGUGUCACUGAGCACGGCAGAUUAAGUGUCGCGAGUCUAGAUAAUUCACGAUUUGGAAGCUCACCUGGGUUACAUUCUCCGUCGCCAAUUUCAAACUAUGGAUCGCCUGACUACCGAACAAACCGGCAGAGAGCAAUGUUUGGAACUCCCGCAAGUCCUAAUGCACCACAGAUUGGGUCGGAAAAUCAAGUUGGAGGGCCGCCAACUCGAGGUCUCUUCGAUACCUAUGAAACAGCGCAAUUAGUCACUUUACACACAUCAGCCAACAACCAAAGCAUUCUCAGAAAUCAGUCGCGAGUCUUGUCCAGCAACAUGAAUGCUUCUUUCCUGGACUCUCCAACCAGUCCAGGCAAUAGCGAAUCAUCACAAGGUCUUUUGCAAUGGGUGACUAUUUUCGGUUUUCCACCGAGUGCACUCAGCGCCGUUCUCGCGCACAUUUCGAGCAGAGUACGUAUUGUUGAUAAACACCACGCUCCGCACCCGCAGAGUAAUUGGAUUAACCUGAAAUGCUCUUCGGAACAAGAGGCUCAAAGGGCUUUGUCCUGCAACGGCAAUAUUGUUUCUGGAUCGAUUAUGAUUGGCGUGAUUCCAUGCACAGAUGAAGGUGUUUUAGGCGCAGAUAAGGAGAAUCGUCUUAAAUUAAAUGGCAGCAUGAGGGUUUUCACAUCACCGAUUAAACCUGGCCAAAGAAUUCCUAACAGCUCGAUGAAAACACCUAUAAGAAUUCAAAAUGCGCGACCGCUCGUUUCCGGAUAUAAUCACAAUUUAAGUCCUCAAUCGGUGAGAUCACCUGAAAACGUCCCUCAAAAGUCAACUGGUUUAGUUUCCAAGGCCAUGGAAUAUAUGUUCGGUUGGUGAUUCAUUUUAAGAGCAUCAAUAUUUACAAAUAAUUUUGACACCCUUUAGUAUGAGUCAUUUUAGGGUUUUCAUUAGAUAAUAAUCUUGUAAAACGAACAUUGAUUAUGGCGGAACGUAAUUCAUUUCUAUGAAAUGGAACUAAAUCAUCGAAUAUUUAAUUACUUAAUUUAUUACAUGAUAUAAGCUUCUGAAAGUUAAUCUACGCUAUUUUACAAGUCCCUAUGCGUUUAAAUUUAUUGACUAAAGAACAUACAGUUAUAUAUGAUUUCUUCAACUUAAACAAUCGUAUUAUAUAAAUAAUUUCAUCGAAUGUGUAAAUAACUAACGCUUUAAGUGUGAUCUUUUACUAUUUUUUUUAUCAGUUUUAAUUCGAUGAAUAAUAUAUUUUUCUGCGGGUGUAACUAGUAAAUUUGCAACGAAAAGUAAAAGAUAUACACAUUUCGAAAGAACGUUUUUAUUCUAUUUUGUAACAAUACUAGGGGUACUUAAUCAAAUAGGAUUGCAAGUAA